CGCCACCGAGCGAGUCCGCAAUAAAUGGUGGUGAAUGCAACAAAACGAGGUUUUUAACCACUUAUCCGUGGACCGUCCUUUAGUUUUGGAAAGUCGAAGGAUGCGUUUCGCGAAAAGGCAAAUAAAACAAACCUGUACAGCAAACGUGUUUUGGGCAGCAAGACGCUGAUUGUUUGGCGUUACGGCUACUGAGAGCUGAUUGGUUAGUAGUGGUUAGUAAGGCAUUUCUCCUCACUACAAGUUCUCUGACUGUCCCACUGUACUGGAUUGUGUCUCAAAUGGCUCUGUACUCUUAUAUGGUGCACCAUAUGAGUUAUGACUUUAUUAUUUAAGUAGUUAGUGCUCUGUAUGUCCAGUUGGGAAUGUGGCCGAACCCCAAACGGCUCACUGUUAGACAUAUUACGCGCUGUUGGAUCCUAAUUUAAUGUAGUGCACUACGUAGGGAGUAGGGAGCCAAUUAAGACUCAGCUGCAGUGCGAUUAUAUGCUAAGCAACUGUGUAAGGGUGAGGCCUAUUGGCCGUGUCCCUUUUACCAAACAAUGUACAGUUCUGAUGGCACUAUAAUAAAAAGCAAAGUAUUACUUAAAGAAAGGUCCUCCCUGUAGAGUACGGAGAACAUAGUCUACGGUUACAAGAAAGUCAUCCAAGGUUCAAUGACCUUACCAAAGUCCAGCUCAAGAGGAACUGAACGGCUGAGGAGAAUGCUGGCACCCAGAGGUGUAGAUGUGGAGCCUCCUCCUGCGGUGCUGCAGCUGGAGUUUCAGACCCUUUUCACCACUGAGGCGCUGCAGUUUCUGUCCGAUUUAUGCACCACAUUCCAACCAGAGGUUGACAGGGUCCUUAAGCUAAGAACUCUCCGGAAGGUUCAGCUGGACUUGACAGGUGAGCUGCCAGGAUUCAGAGAGGACACGGCCCACAUCCGCAACGACCCCACCUGGAGAGUCAGUCCUGUGCCUUCCCGACUGCAGUGCAGACAUGUGGACAUUGGUGACCUUUCACCCUGUGACACGCACCGUUUCAUUCAGGGCCUCAGAUCCAAAGCCCAAGGAAUACAAGUAGAUUUCGAUGAUGGCAACUGUCCAACGUACUACAAUCAGAUAAAAGGCAUUUAUAAUGUUUACCAGGCUGUGCGCAACCAGUUUCAUGCUACACCUCCUAUAUCUCAGGCCCCGGUUCUUAUGCUACGUCCCCGUGCAUGGAACAUGGUGGAGCACAACAUGAUGGUACAUGGUCAGGAGAUUCCUGGUCCACUCUUUGAUUUUGGCCUGCUCAUGUUCCAUAAUGCAAAGCUGUUGCUGGAGAGCCAGAGUGGCCCCUUUUUCUACCUUUCCAAGGUUGAGAGCCACCUGGAGGCAAAACUGUGGAAUCAGAUUUUUCUCUGGACAGAGUAUAAGCUGGAUCUGCCGGUGGGCAGUGUAAAGGCGACCGUUCUGAUAGAGUGUGUACUGGCCUCGUUUGAAAUGGAGGAGAUCCUGUAUGAGCUCAGAGAGCACUCUGCUGGUUUAAACUGCGGCAUCUGGGACUACUCUGCUUCCUUUGUCAACAAACUCGGUCACAGGGCUGACUUCCUGCUCCCUGACCGCAGCAAGUAUGUCAACAUGGAGAAGCGCUUCCUGCGCAGCUACAUGGAUCUGCUGGUGAAGACGUGCCAUCGCAGGGGCGCCUUGGCAACCGGUGGCAUGGCAGCACUGCUAUUGCCCAGAGACGAGCAGAGUGUCCUUUACAAGACCAUAGUGACCACUGUCACCAGACUAAAGCUACUGGAAAUCCAAGCUGGAGUCGAUGGCUUCAUGGUGUAUGACAUGGACUUGAUUGAGCCCAUGCAAAAACUGUUCCAGCUCCAUUCUCAAGGAAAGAACCAGCUCCAGCAGCUGCGGGAUGACCUCACCGUGAGCCCUGACGACCUGCUCACUAUGCCAGCGGGUGGAGUGACACUGUAUGGGCUGAAGUACAAUAUUGCUGUGGGUGUGCUAUUCAUCGAAGCCUGGCUUUCAGGUAGAGGGCAUUUCUUCUAUAAGGGGCAGGUGGAGGACUCGGCCACUGCAGAGAUCUCCCGAUCUCAGGUGUGGCAGUGGAUUCGGCACCAGGUGAAACUGGAGGAUGAUGGGAGAGCAGUGACCCGUGGGUUGGUCAGGAGCUUGGCACAAAGCAUGCAGGAUGAUCUGUGGGCAGCAACGCGUUGUCAGACACAACGAGAUGAAGAGAGGUUGGCCACAGCCCUGUCCAUGUUUCUGGAGGUAGUUCAAAAGAGUGAUUUCCCAGAGUUCCUCACUACCUACUUGUACCUGGACCACACCUUCCUGAGCUCGCAGCGUCUACAUGAGGAAAGAGCGGAUGAAGGACAUUACAAGGCCAGGCUUUAAUUACUAACCCAUGUCAGUCAUUUGUAUUCGUCUGCAGGUGACUUGACUCACCAAAAUGUUGGGUCCUGUUACUAAAAUAGCCCAUUAAAGACCUCAAAUGUGACUGAGGCGAAUCUGGAUAAAAUGAAUAAAAUAAAGAACAAGCAAUGUCAGAAAAAGGGUCCUGUACAGGUACGUUUUUGUCACCCAAAGUACAGACAAUGUAAAUAUGCCCUUAAAAGGUUCUUCACCUACAUUUGUGUACCUAAAAUGAAUUGUAAAGGUAUGUUAGACUGACUUUCCCUGGGGAAUGGUGCAUAUUUGUUCCUGAUAGUGUCUGGACAUUUGUCAGUUGUGCAGUUUUUGCAAUGUUCAGCUGAAUUGUAUGGGGAAACAGUCUUGGUCAGUUUGUUUGUCGGUGCCCACUUCCCUCUCUUCCACUGUCAAUUUUAGGUCAGCUGCAUCAUUUAGUAUAUUCACAAGUUUAUGGAUUUUUUUAAACAUUAAUUAAUUAACACAAGUCACAUGGUUGCUUCAAAAUGAAUCACUCGCCCUGAAUUCUUUAAAGUCCAGAAAGCUUCUAAAAAAAGGCAGAAUAUGUCAUUUUUCCUUCACCUUUAAGUAGAAGUGUUCCUGCUGUGAGAACCCAUCAAACUUCAGAUCAAACAACUGUUACUUUGACAAAAAACACCAACAAAAACAGCAUCACAGCUGCUGAACUAACAUUAUCAUGGAUUUAAGCACUUUAUCAGCUGCUCAUCACAGGGAUGAUCAGUUGUCUGAUUUUCAAUUCACCAAAACCUCUGAGCUCGUUUUGAAGAACAAAAUACUGGUGCCAUCUUGGAUCCUGUGGCAGCAUUAAGGCUACCUAUUGGCAUAAUACCAAAACCAACUGCCUCCUGAGAUUAUGACUGAUUAUUUAUGGGAAGAGAAGCCAAAUCAAAAUAAGUGUGCAUACAGUUGUAUGCAAGCACAGUGGAAGUCCUGUCUCAGCUAAACCUUCUCGCAGAUCCUUUGCGGUCAUAAUUUCCAGUUCCCCUUAAUUGACAUUCCUUAAUGACAUUUUGGAUAGUGGGAAUUGGGAGUUGGAAGCACCCUGAUAAUCUUCAACCAGCUGCUGGUUGUGGAGUAGGGGUGUUGAAUCUUUGUCUUGGAGAUUUCAGAUCCAAUAACUCUGAUAUUCAGAUGGUCCUGAAUGCCUUCAUUACCUGGAUCAGGUGUUACAGAUAAGGGUUGGAGCUACGGUCGUAGAUCUCCAGGACCAGGACUGGGCAUCCCUGUUGUAGAGUAUUGGCAAAAAGCUGGCAAGAGAAUUUAUUGUGUUCUGGAAUUGACAUCAGUUGACAAUUCAUCAAUUGAGACCCAAUAAAGUCCUGAGACUUUACAACUGGGUGUCAAAACCUUUGGCACAAUUCUUUCCUUAUUUAUUUAUGUUUUUUUUAAUAUAUUACAUAUUUUAUACUUCAAAAAUCAGACAAAAUAAUCUAAAUAUGCCAGGGUGUCCAACGUUUUGCAUGCAACUGUAUGAUGUGUGAUCACAAACAUUUAGAUUCAGUUUCUUUAAAUUCAUUUUCUGUUUUAUUUGUAACUGUUUUGAGUGUCAAAUGAUGGAACUGAGAUCAGACAGUGGGAAGAUCGGCAGGCUCGUUUUAUGGAAAAUAAGACAAUUAUUCAAACCAAUUUAUGAGUGGGGAGGGGACAAUGGGAUAGGGGAGAAAACAGGAAAUGAAAACCAAUAAAACAAAAAAAAAAAUAAAAAUCAUGGUCACAGUAAUAGCCUCAAUAAGCCACUACCACUGUUCAGACAUUCACUGGGCAACCAAAUUCAGAUGACAAUGAAUGAGAAGAUGGAAGAGGAACAAAAGGAGAAAAAGAAACAAAGAGAUGCACGUCAGUCUUGCCCUCAGCACUCUGGGUGCGCUUGUAAGAUGAGCAUUACAGUUUCUUUCCGGCAGACGUAAAAGGGUUCCACACCUACCAACUACCUAACAGCUGACUCAGGAACUGCUCUUUGCUCACCAAACAAAAGCAAGUCUUUUUAACCCCCCUGUCCCCUUCACUCUUCACCUCGCAAAGUCUCUUGCAACAGGUGCCACCACCAACUUAAACUCCAACCCACAGGUUUGGCACACAACCACCAGAGUCGAACCAGGACCAAGAGUAUUGCUCCUUGAUAGCUUUUUUUUGUUCUCUUUAAUAUUCUUUUAUAUAAAUUACUCUUAAAAACAUGACAAGGAGGUGCAUGUAUCAGAUGAACAUGGUCUGAAGGUCAUCACAACAAUAUUCAUCCAUGUUCCAUUCUGCAUGUACAUGCCGCUUAUUGGUUAUUUGUUUAAGAUUAGUUGAAAGCCAUAUUAAAAAAAAAAA